CAGUAAAUCAUGGGAUGGAACUAAGAGCUCCUAUUAUUGUAAGCCUGAUCUUGAUGUUGCUACCAGAUGGAAUAGCACAUUUUUAAUGCUGGAAAAAUUUAAACAUAUGCAUGAAGAACUUAAUUAUCCUAUGUAUAAAGCAACUAAAAUGCUAUCAUCUUCAUCAUACCCAACUGUUAGUGAUAUUUGGUUAACUUUCAUAGGAAUUUUGAAUGAGUUAGAAAGAUAUUUAGCUUUACCAUCAGUAUCUUCAGAUUCAUUACUUUGGUGGAGCCAAUAUGAAGAUAAAUUUCCA